CACGGUUUGACGGGAGAGGUUCUUAUGAUGGUGGUGACAGAGGCGAGUGACGGCGAGUGGAACCAAAGGCCAGGAUUGAGUUUCAGGUGUGGGCCGGAGACCGAGGCUCGAGUGUACAGCAAUGGGCUGCCAGUAGGAAUCAACAUCUCCAGCAACUACCUCGCGAUCUCCCCACCCCCAGUCCAG